GCCCCGAUCGCCGUCCGCCCAGGGGGAUGGAGUUUCCAGAGCAUCCCCUCCCUCCGUCCCGUCCCGUGGCUGCGCUCCCCCGGGGUGGCGGCUCCCCGCACUUGCCCCCGCCGGAGCGAGGGCGGCCGGGGCGAUCGCCGCGCUUCCCCGCUCUCUGCGCGGAGCGGGAGCGGACAGCGAGUGCCGGGAGCAGCGCCGCCGCCUCUGCCCCGACAGCAACCUGCGCGGCUGGCAAGAAAACCCCUCGCUCCCCGCCGCCGAGGGAGGGCGGUCCAGAUCGCGGAGCUUUCCUCCGCCCCGCUUUUUGUCGGGUUUUUUUUUCUCCUUUCCCCCUUUUUUCCUUUCCCCCUUCUUUCCUUCGCCAGGAGGAGAACGCCCCGAGCGCGCUUUCCGCGCAGUCCCGGGCUCGCCUGGCCCCAGCGCGCCCUUUCGCGACGGAGGGGCGGGAUGGCGGCGUCGGCCCGCUGGGUGUUGUGCCUGUGCCUGGGAUGGGGCUGCCUGUGCCUGGCUCUGGGCGACGCGCUGCGGCCGCGCCGGCUGGGGCUGCGGCGCCGGGCAGCGCCGGGGGCCGUGCGCGGCGGCCGCGCCCGGGCAGGUGACGACGGCGCGGGGCAGCGGCGGCCCGGGCGGGCGGCGGCGGCCGACAGAGUGGCGGAGCACAUGCUGCGGCUCUACGAGCAGUACCGCGACCCGCCGACACCAGCCGGGCCGUGGCUGCGCCGGGGCAACACGGUGCGCGGCUUCCGCCCGCUGCCCGCAGGGAGCCCCGAGGGCCAGGAGAUGUACGUUUUUAACUUGACGUCACUCACGGAGUCUGAAAAUGUCCUGUCAGCAUCGGUGUAUUAUUAUAUCGGCGACCUGCUGCAUGUGGAGCAGAACUGUUCCCAGCCCAGCGGCCGUUCUCAUCAGCGGCGCGGGAAACCCGAAACGCAGAUACGUCUUUCAGUUUGGACCUUUCCCUCAGCUGGGAGCCCCACUCGGAGCCUGGGACAUUUCCUCAUCAAUGUGUCCUCUGCUUACCAGGAUGUCCUUUCCUGGCAGUGGAAGGACAUCACUCGGCUCCUGCACGAAGCAAAGCGAAACAACGAGCUGCUGAUCAGAGUUAAAAUGGAUCUGCCCGGCCACCAUCCCUGGGAAAGAGCGUCUUCCUCCUGCGAGCCCUACAUCCUGAUUUACGCCAACGAUUCCGCCAUCUCGGAGCCAGAGAGCGUUGUCUCCACUCUGCGAGGACACCGUCACCCUCUGGCCAGGGUCCUUCCCAAGCCGGAAGGCCGCAGGAGGAGCGGCGUCAGUAGCCACCACCGGAGGAAACGCUCUGCAAACGUCCUGUUGCCGUUGCAGAACAACGAGCUCCCGGGAGCCGAGUACCAGUACGGGGAGGGCGCAAAGCCCUACGAGACCUUCCAGCCGCAGCUGGCAGACAGGGCCAGGAGUAAGAAGAAGCAGAGGAAGAGUCAUCUGCAGAAGAGCCAGACUCUGCAGUUUGAUGAGCAGACGCUGAAGAAGGCGAGGAGGAAGCAGUGGAACGAGCCGAGGAGCUGCGCCCGGCGCUACCUCAAGGUGGAUUUUGCAGACAUCGGCUGGAGCGAGUGGAUUAUUUCCCCUAAGUCCUUCGACGCCUAUUACUGCUCGGGAGAAUGCCAAUUCCCAAUUCCAAAGGCCAUGAAGCCGUCCAACCACGCCACCAUCCAGAGCAUUGUGAGAGCUGUCGGAGUCGUCCCCGGCAUUCCCGAGCCUUGCUGUGUUCCCGACAAAAUGUCUUCUCUUAGCAUCUUAUUCUUCGAUGAAAACAAGAACGUGGUUCUGAAGGUGUACCCCAACAUGACAGUGGAGUCCUGUGCGUGCAGAUAACGCCUUGGGCGGCCCGUGGGCAAUGCCGGGGUGAUGGCUUGCUGUCUGGGGAAGGGGGGUGGGCAGGAGUCUCGUCACACCUGCUUCGUGUUUGCACUGUCAAUGCCUUUCCUUUGGACGAGAGGGAGAAAACGUAAAGAAAUCCAAACAGCGAUUCCAAGGAAAGCGGACACGAACUUCAUUCGUCCGUGAUUCCGACCGAGACGCCAGGCUUGGGAAUGGGACCCGACUGUGCCCGACUGCUGGAAGCGAGAGGUGAAGGAAGAAUCUGCAGAUUUUUGGGACUGCCCAGAGGACACAGUGAUCUAUUUUUGUACAAGCUUUUGGAAGCAGCACAGGCUGGUACUUCUUACCUCUGGUGACUAACAGCGGGGGGAGGUUAGAAAUGUAAUAGUCUUCAUUUUAAAGCUUAAGUUUCUUGCCUUAGGUUUUAGAGUAGUACAGCAAGGCGGCAAAACAAAUCUGACAUCCUGAAAGCUGUAGGUAAGCCCACGUGACCGUGCAUCUCCUUGGUACAAGGUUACCCCCCCUUUAUGUGCCAGCUCCUUUUCACUGACGCGUGCUCUGUAGUGGAGCUCUUGGGAGCUCGGUGGCACGGGAGCUCAAAGCAGCACUGCUGAGGGCAUCCCUCUGACUCGUGCUACGGAAACUCAGCAGGCCGGGGCUGUGGAAAUACCACGCUCAGUCACGUAGCCGAAGGACCUGUACACCACGAAUUCUAGAACACCCUUCCAAAUAAUCUCUGGGCUGUGUGCCUGCGAGGGCGCUGUGGCCAGGGUGUGCGGUGGCCUCCUCUCCCAGGUAUCAAGCCACGGGACCAGAGGUCACAGCCUCAGGCUGCACCAGGGGAGGGUCAGGCUGGACACGAGGAAGAAUUUCUUCAUGGAAAGGAUGGUCAGGCAGUGGAAGGGGCUGCCCAGGGUGGUGCUGGAGUCACCCUCCACGGAGCUGUUCAGGGAAGGACCGGACGGGUGCUCUGAUUUAGCUGGCGAGGUGGUGAUUUGCUUCUUCCGUACUCUGGGGGCCCUGAGCUCAUGAGCCGCAGGGUGUCACUCCCGGGGCAGGGCUGGUCCCAAAGACUGGCACCCUCAGUGAGGAGAGGCUUGUGAGUUUGCAGGAUGGGUUGUUUAGUGGCUCCUUUUUCCUUGUAAAACCAGCAUUUUAAAAUGAUUUCUGGGGAAAGGUUUAUCUGUGUACAGACUGUCAAUUUAAAAAAGUGAAAAUCACCCCCAAAAAAGAAAAGUUAUUUUGUAUAUGGAAAGAAACUUUUACAGAUGCUUCUAAUUUAUUUUAUGUCCAUGGCCCUCCUAAUGUAUCCUCCUUUAUCUCGGCACUCUUCAAACCAUGCAGUUUUCUCUGUCAGUGCAAAGAUGAGCUGCCAGGACUGUAGGGGAGCUCCAAAGGACGGGUGCACCCGCAGCGUGAAGGGCCUGUUUCGCUGCUGAUGGAUAAGCUCGUCUGGUCUGUAUUGUUUUCCUUCGAUGAUACGGACAGUGUGCUCGGAAUUCCGGAGAAACGUAAAAUAAAAUGACUUUACAAUGAAAA